UAAGUCGCUCGGAUGUGAUGUAGCAACUGUUCACACUUAUCGGAAGUUAAAUCCAUUAGAGAGGAGCCAGUUUUCACUGCCAGUCACACUUCAUAAGGCAGCAAACUUGUUUUUAGUCACCUCACUUUCUCCAAAUGGCUUAUUCAGGAUACGGCGGGUAUGGAGGCCAAAUGCCAGGAAUGCCCCCUCAGGGGAUGCCAGGAGGGCCACCCAUGGGGCCUCCAAUGGGGGGUCAGAUGGGGGCUCCCAUGGGGGGCCCCAAUGGGAGGACCAAUGGGAGGCCCCAUGGGAGGCCCCAUGCCUGGCACCAUGCCUCCCAUGGGUGGGCCUAUGGGAGGUGCACCCCCCCAGGGAGGAUAUGCACCCUAUGGAGGAGCCUACCCAGCCACGUAUGGUGCCCCUCCUGCUGCCAAUGAUCCCAUGUGGGGUUACUUCACAGCGAUCGCAGGCCAGGAUGGUGAGGUGGAUUCAGAGGAACUCCAGAGGUGUCUGACUCAGGCCGGUUUCACUGGCAGCUACUCUCCAUUUAGCUUGGACACAUGUCGGAUCAUGAUUGCGAUGCUGGAUAGGGACUAUACUGGCAAGAUGGGUUUUAAUGAGUUCAAAGAUCUGUUCACUGCACUCAACAGCUGGAAGCAGAACUUCAUGAUGUAUGACCAGGACAGGAGUGGAACCGUUGAACCACAUGAGAUGUCUCAGGCAAUCGGUGCAAUGGGCUACCGCAUCAGUCCUCAGGCUCUUAAUGGGAUUGUGAAGCGCUACAGCAAGAACGGGCGAAUCUUCUUUGAUGACUACGUGGCCUGUUGUGUCAAACUGCGUGCUCUUACAGAGAACUUCAGGAGGAGAGAUACCAUGCAACAGGGAUCUGUCAACUUUCAAUAUGAUGAUUUCAUCCUGUGCACAAUGGCCAUCUGAGUGCUGCUGUGUCCCUCUAUCACAAGGUUAAGCCAUCUAAUGAACCAAUCCGUGGUGGACUGUGGACCACUGUGUCACAGGAAUGCAAAGGGAGGCCAGUAUAUGUGACUGAGUGGCCAUGAGCCACAAUACCCAUACCCAUAGCUUAUAAUGCUUGCUCUAAUGCUUUAGUCUUGUAUGUCGCACAGAAGUGCUGAAGAGGGCACAGUAUAUCUACAAUAGAGGAAUGUGUUACAUUUCUGCAUCUUUAAAGCCUCUAAUGUACAGACCUUUUAAAAACACUGUCUCAAACAAUCAAUCAGUGUCAGAAAUUGUAAGAUAAUCACAUUAAAAUUCUCCAUAGAGGCUUUGAAGGCAGAUAUGUAAAACAAUUUAGGAAUCUUUCCAGCACUUCUGCCACACAUUGAAUGAAAAUCAAAGUGCAAAGUAUACUGCUGUUUUAAGGAUGUAGAGGAUCUCUGUCUGUGAGACACCUUUGUGCCAUUAUAAUCACUGAAUGUAAGGUCAAUACAGUGUAUUAAAACCAUUUAUAUGGAGUGGAAUACUAACAAGCUUUAUGGUAAAUGAUACAUGUUGAGCAACAUUACAUGCUAAAUUUACUUUUACACUGAAUUAAGACACCUAUGAAUUUUUAAUAAAGUGUGCCUUUUCUCAUUUGCAUUAUGGGAUGUGCUAACUUUUAUCUGUUAAAUAAUGGAUACACAUAUUCGCUUAAUGUGUAACAAACCAAUAUGAGAUGUGAAACUUGUCAAGAAGCUACAGUUUUUAAGGGUUUUUCUGUACUCACGCAGCUAGAUUUUUUGCACAUGUAAAGAUGACAAUGAGAUUAUGCAUGCCAAAUGUUGUAUGAAACAUGUUGUUAUUCACAAUAAACACUUUGCCAGUA